AAUUUUAUUUAGUAGGCUGACAACACUUUAUUUUGUUGCGAACUUGUGCUUACUUUUAUAUUUCAUAACAUUUUCAAGGUUAUUAUUAGAAUUACCUACGUACAAAACAUACAGUAAUAUGGAUAGGUUAUUACUUUUCAGAUAUAGGCCGGCGAUAAAUUCACUAAAAAGAUUAAUGUGCACAACUCAAGGUGGAGCGAAUAAAUCGACGAACAAUGGAAGUUCAAUUGCUCCUAGAUACAAACCUAAUGAAUUUCAAAAGUUUAUUUUAGUCUGGACUAAAAAGUACAAAAGCAAGGCUGAAAUACCACCACAAGUAUCUUGGGAUUUAAUAGAGAGAUCCCGAAGUGAAGCAAGGAUUAAGCUUUCCAACUAUUUGAUACUCAUUACUAUUCUUGCAAGUGUGUUUGCUGUAGUAUCAGGGAAAGCCGCAGCUAAAAGAGGUGAAUCUGUCCAUCAAAUGAAUUUAGAGUGGCACAAACAAUAUCAAGAAGAGUUUAAAAAGAAACAAGAGUCAGAAAAACAAUAAAAUAAAUGCUUACCUAAUACCAAAUGUUUAAUGUGCUGUUAUGUUCACAAUGUUGCUGUAGAUUAUUAUACAUUACUUUAUUAAUUUGUUUAGAAAUAUAUUAUUUAUAAAUUA